AUGUCGGGGGGCACAGCCAUGGUGGGGAUUAUUAGGAAGGCUCUAACAGAGGAAAAACAAGUGUCUACAAAGACAUCCGCAGCAGAUCUUGUGACAGAAACUGAUCAUUUUGUGGAGAAUUUUAUUAUUUCUGCUCUGAAAGAGAAGUUUCCCUCCCACAGGUUCAUUGCAGAAGAAUCCACUGCUGCUGGUUCAAAAUGUGUCCUCACGGACAGUCCUACUUGGAUUAUUGACCCUGUUGAUGGAACUUGCAAUUUUGUGCACAGGUUUCCAACAGUGGCAGUGAGCAUUGGAUUUGCUGUCAACAAAGAGCUUGAAUUUGGUGUAAUUUACCACUGCACUGAAGAACGGUUAUACACUGGUAGAAGAGGUCAAGGGGCAUUUUGUAAUGACAAAAGGCUUCAGGUAUCAAAAGAGACAGAUAUCUCGAAGGCCUUAAUUUUAACAGAAAUCGGUCCAAAACGUGACCCAGCAACUUUGAAAUUGUUCCUUGGUAACAUUGAGAGAUUGCUCAAGGCCCAGGCACACGGGGUCCGUGUGAUCGGCAGCUCUACCCUCGCGCUCUGCCUCUUGGCGUCGGGCGCCGCAGAUGCCUAUUACCAGUUUGGCUUGCACUGCUGGGACUUGGCUGCGGCGACUGUGAUCAUUAGAGAGGCAGGUGGCACUGUCAUAGACACUUCAGGGGGACCUCUGGAUCUUAUGUCCUGCCGAGUGAUUGCUGCAGGCACCAGAGAGAUGGCUAUGUUCAUAGCUCAGGAAAUACAAACUAUUCACUACAGACGAGAUGAUGAGAACUAAUGGAAAUUGAGUUCUUGUAAUAUAGAGUCCACCCUCCUGAACUACAUAAUUUUAACAAGAUGGGUGGCUUAAAGGGUACGUGAUUUCAGCAGGAUGCUUUCUGUGGAGAAUUUGUGUCAAAUAUUUUUUACAAAUUUAUUACAAUGUGGGAAGGCCUGGGAAGAUUUUUAAACCUCUAGGGAUCUCGUUUCCUUUUUAAUAUGUAUCUCUUUCAGCAGUACCUUUUUUUAUAAGAUAGCAUAUUUUACUUGUAGUGUUUGUUUCAAAAUUAAGUUGUAAUUUCAUAUCCGUGGGGCUGAUAUUUAGUCUUUUGUAACAUGCAGCUAAAAAUGGAACUUUAUUUUUACAGAUGCAGAUCUCAGGUAAAUGAGCUUUAGGACUGUAGUAAGGAUGAGUAGUUAAAAUGUGUGCCUAUAAUACCCUUGUUCUAUAAUACUUAAAAUGCAAUAAAAACGACAUUAGUAUUUCCUAACUAUGUCAUAGCUAUAUAUCCUUAUAUAUGUAUGUGUACAUA